AUGAUGGAAUCGAUCCUCAAGGUAGCCAUCCGUGGCCUACAGAUCCUCUGGGUCCUGCUCGUCACAGCGCUGAUCGGCAAUGUCAUUGCCCUGAACAUCAACGGUGCUGGCUCAGCCAUGGCCGCCAUCAACUUCACCAUGUUCGUCGCUGUCGUCUGCUGGCUCGCUGCUCUCUACGGUCUGGCUACCGCAUUCAUCACGGGCCUUGCCAUUCCUCUCGUCAUGCUGGCACUCGACGGCGCCGCUCUGCUCUUCACUUUCAUCGACAGCAUCGUGUUGUCUGCCAAGCUGCGCGUUGUCAACUGCGGUUCGCUCGACGGCCGCGACCAUCCUGGUGACUACAUCGUCUGGGGCUCGGCCAACGACGAGAAGCGCUGCCGUGAGAUCCAGGCCAGCACAGUCUUCAUGUGGUUCCUGUUCGCCAGCUUCUGCGCAGGAGCCUUCUUCACCUUCAUGGACUUCCGCCGGGGCGGUGGUGGCUCCAUCCGCAGCUCAAGACCCUCAAUGGCCCAGGUCGGCGCUUAA